AUGCAGAUCGCCGGAUUGCAUGCGACCGGGGAACCCCUACGUGCAGUCAAUGCAUCCGAUCUAAGCGGGAGUGUCAAGGGUACGGCCUACGACUGUCUUGGCCAACCGCGGCCGCCAACUGCCGUCGCGCCAUCGUGGCUGACUUCCAGUCGAGAGCGAGAUCAGACAAGGGGGCUCUGCUGCAUCGUCGGUCGCGCCAAGCGGAUCUGGUACGCGCCGGAAGCCACGACAUUGCUGGCUGCCUCGAGGUCCAAGACGGGCGCGAGGUUGUUGACGUACCGUCGUGAGGACUGGGCCAUUGUGCCCUCGCCGGUGAAAAGGCCACCACAGAUUCAGGACUGGCACCUAUUAUCCUACUUCAGCGAGGUCGCGUCCCGUACCCUUUCCACCUUCCUCUCCGGGUCCGACCACGGCCUCGGCGGGAUCCUGACGCGAAUCGGCUUUGCCGACGACUCGCCAUCGUCGCAAGCCGUGCUCCGAGCCCUGCUGGCCCUCUCUUCCCUGCAGAGGCACGGCCCCAACGAGCGCGCCAUGGAGCUCAAGGUGUCAGCAAUCGGGGCCCUGGCGGCGGCGGCAAAGACGGGACCCAGCACCCCGGCUCAGGUGCUGCAGCACGUCGCGGCGGGGAUGCUGCUCUGCUCCUACGAGGUCAACACGGCCUCGUCCACCUCGGACCAGUGGCUGGUCUACAUCUCGGGCAUCAAGCGCGUGCUCGCGUCCGGGCUGGUGGAGAAGGCCGUCGCCGCCCGCGACCCGGACUGGCUGCCGCUCGUGAGCUGGGUGCUCUACCACGACGCGCUGUCCCGCUUCACGCUGCACCACUGGCGCCGGGACGGCAAUGCAGAAGUCGGCCUGCCGCUGUUGGUCUCGCUCUCGCAGAGCCUGCCCGAGCAGGAGCAGCUGCUUCGGGAGUCGUCCCCCUGGGCCAUCAAGCUGGUCGAGUGUCUGAAUGAGGUCAUUGACAUUGUCGACACCUGGCCCGUCUACCAGCGCUCCAUGAGCAGCGAUGAGGGGCAGGCGUACAAGCACCGAAUCCGAAAUAUCGACGACGUCAUACGGCUGGAGCUGAUAGACGCCAAGUGUCCGGCUAUGGAGAAGCAGAUAUCGCCGCUGUUGUCCCCUUUCAUCGGCUGCUGGCCGCUCUACCCGCUUUCGAUGCUCAUCUACCUCCAUCGCGGGACCGAGGGGGUCGCCGCAACCACGUGCAUCGACGACGACGUGUCGACGGCGUUCCGCUUCCUGGCGGGCAAGUCGGUGUGCGACCGGCAGUUCCCGCUCUUCGUCAUCGGGUGCGAGGCUCGGACCGACGAGCAGCGGACCACCAUUUUGGACCUGAUGGCGCGCAGCGAGACGCUCAGGUCGACGAGGUCUAUCGGGCAGGUGCGGCUGCUGCUCGAGGCCGCGUGGGCACAGGACGACCUGCUCGCCGAGGGUCAGAGGCUCGACUACACGCUCAAGAUGAGUGGCGUCAUCAACCUGGCCAUGAUACCACCUAGUUUUGUCUGA